UUUCAUAAAAGUCAUUGUACCAGCAGUCUAAGAGUAUAUCUGAGCUGCCCUGGAUGUUUAGUAGUAUCGUGAUCCUUAGUUGAGUUCGCAAAAGUUAUAAAUCUAUGUGCAAAAGUAGAGGAAUUUUAAUUUCUACUAGACACGUUUUCUAGCAACUGCUGUAUAAUGAAAUAGUGUUAUGGCGGUACGCGAUUCGUGUGGAAUUGAUGUUUGUUCUUAAAUUGUUUUAUGUAACGAAUAUUUGUUGAAAUACGACACUUUAAGUUUUAUAAUAUUCCUGUAAAGUCGAUUCAAAAGGGAUUAAAUGGCUGCUAAAAGUAAAAACAGCAAAGAAGCGUUGGCUUCUACUUCUUCUAAUAUUGUUAGCAAAAUCCAUAAGAUGGAAUGGCUUAAACAAGAUCCCUGGUUGAAUAUGGAGAAAUCUUACGCAGAACAUGUAUUAAAAGAUUUACCAUCAAAGAAGGAUGACGAGUACUUCUCAGGAACGAAGUCGACGAAGAAGAAAAAAGAGAAAAAACCUAAACCCAAUAAGAUUAUUGACAAUAUACAAGACAACGUGACUUCAGAUAAUGUACAGUCCACACAUUCAGAAACUACAGAAAAGUCUGCAGUGCCUACUCGCAAGAAGAGUAAUCAAAGUAUGACUCCUAAUACGAACCCAGUGCAAAGCGAUAUUGUAAAUCCUUGGAAUCAGAAUACCAGUGUUGUAGAUGUACUAUUCCCUAAUGUUCAAUCGACAACAGUUCAGUGCAUGAACGAAGAAGAGAUGCUGAGUAUGGCGUUAGCAGAAAGCAUUGCAACAGCUCAACUGGAAUAUCAUAGAAAAGAAACUAAUGAACAAAAAAAUCCAUCUAACAUAUUGUAUGAUGAUUCAGACGAUGAUGGAGGCUGGGGAGUUGUGAAGAGAAAUCUUCCGGAUCUAGAAGAAAUUACUGAGAAGCAGACUUCGCAUAAUCUGUAUGAUAGCAACAACAAUGACAAUAUAAAGUGUUCUUCAGCUACAGAAAUCCAAGCUAAAUUUUCGAGCAGCGGAACCUGCAAAGAUAAAGAUCUGGAAAGAAAACCAGGUACUGUAAAACCAAUUCUACCAUCUUCUGUUAAGAUUUCAGUGGAGAAUAGCAAUGAUAAAUGUACGGAAGGUGCAGGAUCUCUAAAAAAAGAUGAUGUAGAUGAUUUAACAAAAUCAAAAGAUAUGCAAAUAUCCAGUGAAAAAUCUGAUCUUGUUUCGCGACCUGACACCUCUGUGAAGAUAGAUAAAUAUGGUCGAGUUGGUGGAUAUACAGAAAGACAUUUGUUUAUGGGAAGAGGCGCCCGUCGCAAGGAACAAGAAUAUUUUAAAGAGCACGGCGCCGCGCUCGGUUUAAUAAAACUUCCAGAUCAAAAUUCAAACAGACAGCUACCAAAGAAGAGUGAAGAUACAAAAAAAAUGGUUAAGCCUAGUGACUACGGCUUCUUUAGGAAGUCUGGAAUUAAUAUAUAUCAGGAAUCUAAUCAGCUUAAAAAAUCUGAUUCUAAUUCCGAUUUAUUUCCAACGGACUUUAGAUAUUCUAGAGGUAACGACAAAUAUUCAGAGAAUCGUCAAACCAAGCGGGAUGAAUUUUCUAAUCGCAAUCAAAUUCCUGAAACUAAUAGAUAUCAGGAAUCUAAUCAGCUUAAAAAAUCUGGUUCUGAUUCCUAUUCAUUUCCAACGGACUUUAGAUAUUCUAGAGGUAACAAUAAAUAUUCAGAGAAUCGUCAAAUCAAGCGGGAUGAAUUUUCUAGUCGCAAUAAAAUUCAUGGUGAACUAAGAAGUAUUAGAGGUACUGGGGCGAAUAUGCAAAAAAUUAAAGAACAAGAUACUGCUGAUUCACAUAAUCAAAGAAGCGUGGAUUUAAUUGACAAUAUGAAUAGCGGAAUGAAAUUUGAACAUUCCCAUGAGAUACAAGAAUCAAAAAUGAAGAAAAGCGACAUAAAUUCCGAAAAGAUUAAGUUUUUACACGAUAUAGAAGAAAUUGAACGCUCCACGUCUACUCCAGAACCGAAAGGAAAUUUGUCAGUAUCUCGUAUUCAAAAGUCUAAAUUAGAUGAAUCGUUGACUUCGGUAGUACCGGAUACGACUACUGAACUCAUGCCUUCCACCCAGAAUUCCAAUAAUUCAUUGAUUCAGAAUUCAUUCGCUAUUGAAGCAGCAAACGAUCAAUCGAUCAAUAAUACUGAAGGGAAAAGUGAUGCGAAUUUCAAAGAUCAUACAGAUAUCAAUAAUGUCAAUAACGAUUCUAGUAAACAUUCUGCACAGUCUUGUGUACUUAACGAUAGCCAUGAACAAAUAAUUGAUUCGCCCAAUUCGCAAGUCAAUCAUUUACUAAUGGCCUCAUCGUCAAUCCAUGAGCAGAUCGCAUUGUCUGCAGAGCAUUAUGCUGAACAAUCGGCGCGAAAUUUGAAAGAACUUCAGUGUCUUCAAUAUUUGCAAUAUCUUCAACAGCAAUGCGAAGGUACCAAGAGUGAGAAUUAUAAUUAUCCGAAUAUUCAAUCUCAGACGGUUCAAUCAAUGUCAGAAAUUUCUCCAUUAUCAAAUUCGCAAUAUGCCAAUUUAGCUGGUCCAGCAUUUCCUGACCCAAAUUACUUAUUACCAAAUAUGCAAUCAUCCAAUACAUUGAUGCAAGUGCCAGUAAGUGCCAUGCAAGUUAUGCCAGAUCGAUUUUCACCCACUCAAAAUUUAUCUUCAAAUUUGUCACGACACAGUCAGUUUGCAUAUUUUCCGCGCACUGCCAACAUUACGUUUCCUAAUGGUCAUCCACCAUUUUCACCAUAUCAAAAUGUACCCGUACAAAGUAUGCAACGUGAAAAUAUGUAUCAAGAAUGUGGAGCACAAGCAAAUCUUUCUACCGGCAUAAGUCAGUCGGAUUAUUUGACUUUUCUGGCGCAAAACAGUCAAAAUCUUAUGCGAAAUUUUGCAAGUGUACAAAAUCCUUUGAUGGAUCUGAAAUGUCAAUCUUAUCACACUGAUAACAACAGCGUUCAGAUGAUGAGCAGUCAAAAUUUAAGGGAACGUGUCAAUUUGUCGGAAGUACCAGCUACUCAUUAUUAUAAUGACUUUUUUCCACGUAGCGAUGCAACUAACGAACGUGGGAAAAUUGAAAAUUGUACAAAACCCCCGCCGGGUUAUAAGAGUCUUGGAACUGAUUAUGAAAAAGAUAAUCAAAUUUCGUCCGAACAAAAAAGGGUAAUUGUGGAUAACUUCGAAAUUCGUUUGCCCAGUUUUCACGCAAGCAAAGAUCAAAUUCGCGAUAUUCCUCAAGCGAAUCCUAUGCCGAACUUUCCACACCUUCCUCAAGAUGCGCAGACUUUAAUGACGUUACUGUUAAAUGCACAAGUAGGCAAUCAGUUUAAUAACAAUGUGGCGGGAAAUUUAAAUUACUAUAAUCAAACAGGCCCUAAUUCUAAUAUGAUGGAUUAUACUCAAAGUAUGCCUUACCAAUUUCAAAUGAAUUCUACGAAUCCUGUGCAAACUUCCAUUUCGAAUUUGGAAAUGGCCAGAAUACCCAUUUCUUCCAGUACUAUGAAAAUCACGAGUAAUUCGAUUGCGAUAAAUUCGCAAAACGAUAAUUCAAGUAAUGAGCAGUAUGAUAUUCCACCGAUGAUAUCACCCUUAAGUUGCAUGAAUUACAAUACGUGUAAGGAUUCAACGACCCCCUUAAAUUCAUAUCAGUCAUAUUCACAAUCGAAUAUUGAUCCGCGAUUGGGAAUUGAUAAUAUUGCCCAGCAGAAUUCAUAUCCUUUAUCCAAUAAGGAUCCAGGCAAUAAAUGUCCAAAUCUAUCAAUACGCAGUAUUGGCCGAGGAAGGGGUUUUCCCUUAAAAUCAAAGAAUUUAUAAACAUGACAGAUAAAGUGUAACUUAAUCAAACACAAAUAUGUGAUUUAUUAUUUGCCAAAAAUUGGGUAUUAUCAGACUUAGUAGAACUGGGUAUUUUAAAAGAGUCAGAGAUUUGCAUCGUAGCAAUGAGGUUUGAAGCAAAUGAAAAUAAGAAGUACAGUAAGUUUUCUUCAGAUCUUAAGUCAUAAGUUUGUAUUUUUCUAGCAAGAACAAUUUUUUUUAGACAAUUUCAUAAAUUGUCAUAUUAAUAAUUUAGUUCUUAUAGAUUUUUCAUAUAAACCGUUUUUCCAAGUCAUGGCAAGCGUUUCAUCUUAAUAUACUUUUUAUCCAUAUUAUAAUAACAUUAAUGUUGUCCCUUCGCGCGUUAUAAAACUAUUGUGGACUAAUUAUUGUCAUUAUAUUUUUCCUGUUGUCAUUACAACUAUUAGGGCAACGCUGCCAGUAUUAAUAUAACAAUAAUUAUUUUCGUAUGCUAAAAAAUGAAUAAUUAUAUUUUUUUACGACAUCUUGCGUGCCUCUACUUAUAAUAUAUAUACGAGUUAUUAUUCAUUCCUGUUUGUCUUAUAUGCUAUGAACAUAUUUAGAAAUAAUAUUAUGAUUUCCAAAAAUCAUAAGGAAGCGGGUUUGCUAUUCACGAUCACAAAUUCGGUACAAUUAAUAAGAUGAUGGAUGGAUUUUCUUAUAAUUUUGUGAAAAUUCUCUAUGAAAAAAUCAAUUUCAUGUAUGCGUUAUAUUACGUAAUUAAGUUCCUUGGCGACGAAUGCGUAGAUGUAUGGUCGUCUAUGAUUAAGUUAGUAUAAGUCAUACAGCGUUCGUCUUAAGGUGCCUGAGUCAAAAGUUUCACUUAUUAAGUUUAUGUAAUCUCAUGAUUUAAUAUCUAAUAAUCUUGACUUAGCUUUUAGUUUUUUAGAAUUUAUGCAACGAAUUUAAAAAGUAAAUAGAAUAGCUUUUUAGUUACCCUCAUAUUAUUCUUUUUAUUCUCAUUAAAACAUUCUAUAGAAUAUGAUUAUUGGUUGCGAACCAAAUUAUGACAUAUUUUUUGUUCUAAAUUGUUGACAGAUAUGUUCGCAGUGGCGAAAAUGUUCACAGUUUAUAAAUAUAUUAUACGUGUUAUUAAAUAUGUACAAGUU